CCUCUUUUAUUUUAGGCACCACAACAUAAAUUCCGGAAUUUUGAGAGAAUAGAUAGUAUUUAUAAAAAAUAAUGUCACCAGUACCAGUGAAGCUCAUAUCAGAAUGCUUCGUCCGACCGGAAUCGGAGUCGGAAAAAUACCAUUACCUAAGUCCUUUAGCAUUAAAAUUGCUGUGGUUAGGUAACACACAAUAUGGUAUCCUAUUCCUUACCUCAACAUCGAAAUCAAAAUUCUUUAACAAACUUAAAGUCUCUCUUUCUCAUGCCCUUGUCCAUUUCUACCCCUUGGGUGGCCGUCUAGUGAGUAAAAACGACGAAGAAGGUAGUUGCUCUAUAUUCGUGGAUUGCCAUUCCGGUCCCGGAGCUAGACUCAUCCAUGCUUCCGCAUUAGACAUGAGUGUAUCAGACAUUGUUAACCCAUACAAUGAUGAUUAUGAUGUCCCUUUGGUGGUGGAAUCAUUCUUUGAUCUCGGUGAAAGACAAGUCAAUUACGAUGGCCACACGAGGGCUUUGUUGUCGGUUCAGAUGACGGAGUUGGCAGAUGGGUUGUUUAUCGGAUGCUGUAUUAACCAUUGUGUAGGUGAUGGUACAUCUUUAUCUCUUUUCCUUAAUAUGUUGUCUCAUAUAUUUGUUGCAGGAGUAGACGAUGUCACCACUCUACCAAGGUUACCUGUGUUUAAGUCACCUCCGUCGUUAUCUGCCGGUUAUCCAACCAUUAAAUUACCAUUAAUGGAGGCUAAUGACUUUAUAAGCCAAUUCGAUGAAAGUCAGUUACUAAGAGAUGGGAUUUUCCCAUUCUCAGUUGCUUCAAUGGCAAAGCUCAAGUCAAAGGCGAAUACCGAGGCCAAUAACACUAGUCCACUAAUAUCUUCUUUUAAAGCCUUGUGUGGGUUUCUUUGGAUAUCUAUUACUCGUGCUAGAAAUUUGUCCUUAGAUGAAGAGACUACUUUUGCAAUCGCUGUUAACAUUAGGUCUCGUUUAGACCCGCCAUUGUCUCCGGACUUCUUUGCGAACAGCUUUGUGGGAGCCGCUGUCACCGCCAAGGUGGGUGAGUUGCUCAAAAACGGGUUAGGUUGGGCAGCAAUGCUGAUCCAUGAGGAGGUAGAGAAGGUGGAUGAUAAAGCUGCACGUCAAGCUUUGGUGUUGCCUCAUGGUAAGACUCCAAUAAUGGAGUCUCCUGGCUUUAUAUCGUUUGGACCCAAUCGGGUGGUAAUAGGUGGUUCACCUUGGUUCGGCUUUUAUGGAGCUGAAUUCGGGCUUGGUAAGCCAGUGGCUGUUCGGACCGGAUAUACCAACAGAGCUGACGGCAAACUAACCGCUAUGCCCGGUCGUCAUGGCCCGGGUAGUGUGGAUUUGCAAGUAGGGCUUAUGCCUCAGUACAUGAGUGCUCUCUUAUUGGACCAGGAAUUCAUCAACUACGUUUCUUAAAGUUAAUUGCUAAGGACUAAGGAGUAUGUAAUUAAUUUGCAUCUAUUUUAUUGUUCUUGUUGUAUUGCAAGUUUUCAAGUUUGUAACCAUUCUAAUAAAACGUUAUUCUCAUCCA